AAAAUAACCCAAAAUCCCGAUAACAUGACAAUGACAGUGACAGUAGUGGUGUGACAGUUAAAAAAACCUUUUAUUUUGGCAAUUUAGUAAAAAGACAAAUAUAAAGGUUUUUAAAUGAAGUGGUGGUGUUUGAGGCUUUUAAAUUAUGUCGACUCGAUCCCAGCUAACUAAGGACUUGAAUGAGAGUAUAAAAUCAUCUGUAGGAAACAAGGUUAAGAUUCUUUUCAAAAAUGUUGUCCGUUUGGAAACAAAAGGAGAUAAGACUGAGAAUAGGGUUUUGGUAUUUUCCCCAUGUCGAAUUCUACUGCUCACAGCUAAAGUGCCAACGAAAAUCGACUGUCAUUUCCACUACUUGGAAAUACAAGCGUUGGAAAGCAAACGAGGCAAUCAGUUAAGUUUGACGAUAAACGACAAAGUUUACUCGUUUUUAACCGGUGACGACUCGACAUGCAGUGCAGAAGUAGACAAUAUGAUAUCGGCAUUAAACAACGCUAUCAGGAACAUUUUUCCGACCGUCCCACUGCAACACAUCAUCAAAAAAAUUGACGUAAUACCAAACACCAGAUUACAACAGUUGAGGGAUUUAGAAGCGAUAGCCAGCAGUAGACGCGAAGUGGGGCCUUGUGGGGGCUUUUCAACACAAUAUGCUUGCAUGUGCGAUUUUCACGGCAUGACCUACCGGGAGGAAGUGGCCUGGGAUGUCGAUAAUAUCUACGUGUCCCUCAACACGAGAGAACUAUGCCUUAAAGAUUUCGAUUAUUUAGAUCAAAAAGAUUUGAUUCCGAUUAUAAGCGCGCUGGAAUAUAAUACGUGGUUUACGAAACUGAGAGCGAAUCAGGUCAAGUUGUCCCACGACAACAUGGACCGGAUUUUGCACGUUUUGCGGAAAUCUUUGAAUUUGGAAGAAAUCUAUUUGGAUAAUUUGGGACUAAAGGCCGAUUUCGUAAACAAAUUUUCGAAUGUUUUGAAAUUGAACCCAGCAACUGCCCUCCACACUAUAGAUUUAUCGUACAAUACCAUUGAAGAUAAAGGUGCUAAUUAUUUAUCGGGUUGUGUUUCUCGGCUCAAUAAAGGACUCGUUCAUUUAAAUUUAGCUCAUUGUGGGCUCAGUUCAAAGGGAGUCAAUCAUCUGGCGGCGGCUCUUAACACCAACACCAGUCUAUUGAGCACACUCACGUAUCUCAACCUCAGUGGCAAUAGUCUCAAGGAUGACAUAAGCAAUUUACACACUUUUUUAUCCCAUCCUAAUUCACUUCAACAUGUUGAUAUUUCAAGCACGGAUGUAAUACUGGAGAAUUUGUUUGGUGCUCUAGUUCGUGGCUGUACAACAAAUCUAGUUCAUUUGAAUAUUUCUAAGAAUCCCUUUAGUAGUAAAAAGAGCAAAGAAGCUCCAAUUUCCUUCAAGCAGUUUUUUAGCACGACACUUAAUCUUAAGUAUCUUAAUAUGUCGCACUGCAAGCUUCCACAAGAGGCGCUGAAAAACCUGCUGUUAGGACUGGCGUGUAAUGAAUUUACCAAAGAAAUGUGUUUAGAUAUAAGUAAUAACGGAUUAGGAAGUCAGGGUGCCCACGUUUUAGAAUCAUGUGUUCAUGGUGUUCGAUGCAUCUCUAGUCUAGAUAUAUCCGAUAAUAAUAUGGACGGUGAUUUAUCAAACGUAGUUUUAGCAAUAAGUAAAAAUAAAUCCCUGCGACACCUUCACAUGGGUCGCAGCAUGAAAAAGCACAUGUCCACCAUAAUGGACGCCGUCGUUCAAAUCCUCCAAGACGACGAAUGUCUUCUCCAGUCUUUGAUAAUUCCAGACUGUCGGCUCCGCUCCGACAUGUUUAAUCUCCUUAACGCACUCGGCGAUAACAAAUCUCUGGAAACUCUGGAUAUAAGCGGAAAUUUGAUUGGCGAUUCGGGGGCCCGCCUACUGGCCAAAGCGCUCCAAAUCAAUAACAAACUCAAAACGAUUGUUUUGGAUCGGAACAACAUUACGCUUCAAGGGUAUCACGACAUUGCCUACGCUCUUGAGAGCAACCGAACGUUGCACUACAUCCCUUUCCCGAUUUUUGAUGUGACUCCGUGCAUGAAAGCUAACGCCGAACGAACCGAUGCCAUUAUGAAAAAAAUCCAAGAUUUGUUGAACAGAAAUGUGACUUUGCGACGAAAUUCGCUGAAAACGUUCCCGCUACAGCCGGGUUUUCUCCUCACUUCCAAACAACAAGCUUUGGAACGUCUUGUGACCCAGACACAAGAGGCAAUUAAGAGUUAUUCAGCCAUUGAUUCAAUCACUUCAAAUAACGACAUAAAUCACGCAUCUGGGGUGAUUCAAGACGCAGAAAACUCGAAACAGUUACUGGUGAGGUUGCAGGAAGUUGCGAAACAUCGGGAUGACGGACAUCCGGUUGAGACAAAGUUGCAACAAGCGGCCUGUGAUAUACACAGUACUAUUUGUGAUUACUUGCAAGUCACAACGGAUAAAAUGUUGAAAUGUUGCAAAGAACAAUGCCCUUAUAUCCUUCACGACGAACAAGUGGUCCAAGAGAUCAAAAAGAGCUGCAAGAACAAGAAACAAAUCCCCUUAGAUUUUGUCAUGACUUGUGUUAAACAACAGGCAGGUGUUGACAUAAUGAAUAGACUCAGGGAGUUAAAUUUGCUGACGGCGGGUCAGCUCUCCGAACAAAUUACUGACGAGGUUUACGAGACGUUAAUGAGGAGUUAUAAAAUUCUAGUAGGGGAUGCUAGUGCUAUUCGGAUUGAUUCGCCCCCCAGACGAUCCAGAUUGAGCAGCUCAGGUAGCUCUAGGCACGGUGCUAGUGACAUCUCGAUCACUGAUAGUAGUCACCAGUCGGAUCACUCGCCUUUGAUGUUGGAAUAUUUAAAUCUAGCAACCCCUCACCUAUCGAUUAAGCGAAAGAGCCUCCACGGCCGAAAACUUCGACCGAAGUCAGUGGUCGACAGUGUCGAAGGCCUCUCAGCUGAUGACAUUCCUAGUCUUUUACCGUCUUCCAGUCGCAAUUCCGAAGAAGAUGAUUCCGUUACAGAACUUCCCAGUGCCACCCACCAACUCCAGCACUUGGUCAAAGGUCGUCCGCGUCGAGCUAAAACCCGCGCUCCCACGCGUCCGCUAGUGAAGCCCCCCGAUGUGGCUGAUCCUGUGUCGCAAGAUUUGGUUGAGGGUCUUGAUACGUUCUUCCGUCCAGGCUCGGUAACUCCAACUUCGGACGAUUGUAACUCGUUCCAGGCUGACGGAAGUCCAAAUCAUGACUUUGCGUCGCCGAUUUUGAGCGAUGAUCGCAAAACUCCAAAAAUGAGCAGAAAUUCGCCGCUGUUGAGAGGUUUAAUGACGCCGACGCCCAGGUCUAGGUCGACGGAUAAUUUGGAGAAGUUUUCGCCGGGUUUUGGGCGCAAAAACACAGAUAGUGCGUCGCCACUUUCGAGGAGGUUUACAGGGGAGAGUUUAAUGUCGCAUGAUAGUAGUGAUGGAAGUAUCGCAGGAGAGAAUAUCGUUAUCGAACAAACUUCUUUGGGUGAAACAGACGAGCAUGAUUCUUUGAAAAAUUUGAAAUCGAAGGGGCCUUCGGUGGCCCCCAAACCCCGACCAUGGUCCAUGGUUAACUCCGAAGCUAAAACUGCCGAUUUAAGUCUUCUAAGUGACGGUUCUUCUCCUAUUAACUCAACAGGUAAUACACCUGACUCAGCAGAAACAUUAGACAGUUCAGAAUCGUCACUCGACAAACGCGUCACCAAAGAAAUAAAACUGAAGCGUGGUGGCAUUUUACAGAAUUUUGAGCGUGCUGAUAGCAAGUUUUUGCAACGUUAUAAGGCGACAACGUUUGAUAAGCCGGGAGCGUCGUCAAAUGAAGUUACUAGGGGAAGAGACAGCAAUCAUAAUUGUAGUGAAACUCAAGAUGCACACAUAGGUAGAUGAUUUAAUUAACAUUUAGCCCCCAAAAAAUAUUUCCUUAGAACAAAAAUUAGAGUAACUUCUAUAAAAUUAUAAAACCUCUCACAAAUGUUUUCCACUUCGAGUUUAUUACAUCAGCUUUUACUAGUAUUAAUGGUUUUUCGAAACCAGUCUAUUGGAAAAAUGAACUAACUAGUUUCAGUCAGUUCUACAUAGGAUUAUGUGCUUCCUGUGUUACGUAAGUGUUAAUUUUAAAUAUUCAGCUCAAAAAUUAUUUUAUCAUUGUGUGAUUUAUAGUAUUUACCGUAAAAUUUAAUUAUAUUUGUAUUCCCAGUCUCAAUCACAAGUACGUACAUCACAUUGGCCAGUAAUUUAAAAAACUGAAACCAGAUCUCAUUUAAAGUGACAAUUCGAAAUUAACUGAGACUCAUUCCAUUACUUAGCAUUUUAAUUGCGAGUAUUGUAUUCCAUGGUUGUAAAUAAAUUUGCCCAAUAAUUUAUGUAAGCUUUUAUAAAGUGCUGUCCCUUUUAUAUUUUAUUACCUUGUUUUAAUUAUGUGUUAUGUAUUUUUUAAUAAAUUGUAAUAUGAAGUUUGCUUCCAUUCCUGUAUUAAUCUUUUUUAUACUGUCAAUAAAAGUUUAUUAUUGAAAA